UCGUAUAAAUAUGUUAUGGAUUUAUCGUUUGAGAUCAUAGAACAGUUGGAAAUAGAUCGCAGCACAAUGAAGGUCCUAUUUGUACUCGCUUUGGCAACUCUUGCCUACGCUAAUGUUGAGUCUAACACUCAAGCCCAUACAUUUGGGUACAUUAAGAAGUACGCCAUCCCAUUGGCUGAAGAACUUCGUAAGAUAGAGGAGCAGGCCCAAAGCCAAGCCACUGGCAGCAGAAUUGUUGGUGGCAGCCCUUCAGCUGUCGGCGCUUUCCCAUACCAGGCUGGUCUCCUUGCUUCCUACUUUGGUAUAGAUGGUACUGGUAUUUGUGGAGGCUCCCUUGUCAGUGCUAACAGAGUCCUCACUGCUGCUCACUGCUGGUACGAUGGCCAAAACCAAGCAUUCGUGUUUACGGUCGUCCUCGGUUCUUCAACCCUCUUCACCGGAGGAACUAGGAUCGUUACCGGCGCUGUAGCCGUGCAUCCCAACUGGAACCCAUCCAAUGCCCGCAAUGACGUUGCUGUGAUCUAUCUUCCCCACAACGUUGCUUUCUCAAACCUAAUUUCACCUGUUGCUCUUCCUUCUGGAUCUCAACUCAACGAAGACUUUGCUGGAGAAACUGCAAUUGCCUCUGGUUUCGGCAAAACUGGCGACAACAUCAACAUCACAGUCAACCAGGUUCUAAGCCACGUUAGCUUGAGUGUGAUCACCAACUCUGUCUGCCGAUUCGCCUUCCCCCUGUUCCUGCACUCUUCUAACAUCUGCACCAGCGGUAUCGGCGGUCCUGGCACAUGCCAAGGAGACUCUGGUGGUCCUUUGGUGGUUAACAGGAACGGCCAGCCCCUUCUGGUUGGUAUCACCUCUUUCGGUUCUCCUCUUGGUUGCGAGUCCGUCAUGCCCGCUGCCUACGCUCGUGUGACGUCUUUCAUGGACUUCUUCAACCAACACCUAUAAAUUUAUUAAAUUACAAACUAAUAGACUUGUAAAUAACAUGUACAUAAAUUAUUUAUUAGGUAAUUAAAAAAAUAUAUGAAAAGAAUA